UUUUGUUCCUUGUGAGAAGAAUUGCUUUUAUGGAGGCCGUGUGUAUUUAGAAAAUGAUUCACUAGCUUACUGCCGUGAUAUAAAUAGAGAUAUUACUUGUUUCUUUAAACAUUUGAAAUUUAUAUAGAUAGACAUUUGUUAAAAGGAAAUGAUAAUGAACAAGCUACUUCUGUUAUGUGUUUUCUACAUAACUUGCACUUGGAGCUUGGAUGCUGCGCAAAAUGAUGAAUGUCAACAAUCUACUUAUUGUAGUCGGUUUAAAACGAAGUCAGACAUGGUAUCAAAAGCUGAUUGGCUUUCAAAAAUUUCAAAUUCUUCCCAUACCUGGUUUGUUAUUUAUGGUUAUGAGCUCAACUCUCCACAUAGAUAUGGUAAGUGUCAGCAGAGAUGGAAUUUACCUGACAAUAAGGACCAAUUUCAACGGAAAACAAAUUGCUUCAAUAUCAAUCUAAACAAAUGCCAGAGAUUUGAUGCUGAAAUGAGAAUAACAGAAGAUAUUUGUGGCCGGGCUACAGAACGGGGAUUAAAUAAUUCCGUAACUGAACUGAAGUUCUAUAGCCAGGAUCUCGAAACAUAUUUCUGGUUCUUUGUCUGCUAUGUAUUUGAUGCGAAUAACAACUGCAUUUUGGGGUAUUUGGACCUAAUCGUUAGCGAGACGCGAUUUUCAGGAGCUGAGAAUUCUGUAAUGGACCUAAAUGGAUUGCCUUGGGAACUCAUAUCGGCAGAUCUGCUGAUCAACUUCAACCUCACCUUCGCAGAUCCAAGGGUGGAGUUCAAAUGGUUUGGGACUGAAUGUAUAGCGUAAAACGGUACUCGCGACACUUUGUACAAAGGACUCACAGUUGAUAAUGAUAGUAAAGUUAUAAAGUGAUAAUGAACAUUGUAUAGUUAUAUUUAUGUUCAGAUAAUAUAAAAGAAAUAUAAAGAAUU